AUGGAUCCUCCAAGGUCGGCUCCCCGCACAGCUUCCGCCCAACACCCACCAGCCGGUGCCUCUGACCACGCCUCACCGACCAGUCCCCCCGAACGUCCACUGCUCAGCUGCACUCCACCUUCCACCGAUAACAAAACAGGGUCUGGUCCAAUGGCCGGGCGGGACCAUCGGCCUGGGCCGGUAACUACCUCCGAAACAACACCAGCACAUGAGACCCGCUUGGAAGCCCCCACGCCCGUUGGCGAAACAGGAAAACCAACCAAAGCCUCUAAGCGCAAGAAAAAUCGCCAACGCAAGCGUCGCAAUCGAAAGCAAUCGUUCCUGGUUCCUGCCACCGAAGAGUCUCAUGAUCGGCCUGGCACUGCUUCCUGUGCUGGUGAUGGAAAUCAGAUGGAAAGCGAUCGGCCAACGUCCAGAGGGAAUUCACAAUUCUACAAAUUUGGAAGCACUUUGAGUACCACGAGUUUGGAGAGUGAUGCACUGUUAGACCAUCGCCCCGGCGGAGAUCGGAAUCAACGCAAUGCGGAUGGCGACAGUGACGGGGAAGAGACAACCGACCGGACACCGCUGAUGCAAAAACCCUCGUCUGCACAUACCUCGACAUUUAAUGCUCGCUAUGGAACAGAUUCUAGGUCUAUCCGGAUCGUCGAAUCGUUCGCCUCGGGACAACAACCCCCGAACAUUUCCCCAGAUGUCGAACGAGAUUAUGAUGUCAAUAAUCCCCCGUCCAUACCGGGCACCCCGAAGCUGGGCGGGGAUUUGAAUUACGAUGAUGCCGUGGUGACUGGCGUCGACUUUGAUUUUUCAUUGGGCAACUCCUCGGACAACCGCAGGGACUCUUUCGGCCGACUACGUGAUACACUGAUCGAUAUCGAUGGCAGCCGUGCCCCGUCACAGUGUUCAGAACCAUCCUCUCCUCGUUCUCCGCGCCUUUCUCAGGAGUUGCGGCGACGUCGAACUGUCGCACUGCCCGUGGAGGAAGACGUUUGCUUUCCCAAUGAAGAAGCCUCAGAGCUAGGAGAUGAAGGGCCGAGGACGCAGCGGGACGAGAACGGUGAACGCCGACGAAGGAGGCACCGACAGUGGCCGGAUCUGUCAGUUCUGGAGGAAUGGAGCCGCGAGGAGAAGGAAGACCGCAACGGUGACCUCCGUGUCAAGAAGAUCAGUGAGCCAAUGUUGGUCGAGGGCCGAUUACGGCCGCAGUAUCAGUUGUGGCGGCGGGAGGAAGACGAAGCACCCUAUCGAUUUACCUACUUCAACGAGGAGUUUCAGAGCACCAUCCAUGCUCAAACUAUCUCUGAGCUGGUGCAGCCCGGUGGCGGUUUUCGGGAAUUGUUCAUUCCUGAUCCUCCAGAGCUUGAAGAAUCGUCCGAUGACGAGGAUAUGGAUGGCUCUCAUUCUGCUGUUGACGGUCAUUCGAACCAUUUCGCGGACUGCGGCACACGUGGACCGGGCUCGCAUUAUCCGGAUAACCCUCCAAACGGUGGUGUGGCACCUCCCAAUAGAGCGUCUCAGGACACUAGUCCCGGGGCUCCCAACAAAGGGAACCCUCGCUUGUCAGUUAUCAGUGAAGGGGUUUCACAGCACAGGGGCGUGUCGCCUUCGCACUCGGAAGUGCCGUCGAAGCCAAAACGCUAUGGUCCUCGACCGACCUUCUGGCUGGAUGUGUUAUCUCCCACCGAUGCCGAAAUGCGCGUGAUCGCCAAGGCGUUUGGCAUCCACGCACUUACAGCCGAAGACAUUAUGAUGCAAGAGGCUCGGGAGAAAGUCGAACUAUUCCGCAGCUACUACUUUGUCAACUACCGCACAUUUGAGCAAGACACAAACAGCGAAAACUAUCUGGAGCCCGUCAACAUGUACGUUGUGGUCUUCCGCGAGGGUGUUCUCUCUUUCCAUUUCUCGCAGACGCCACAUCCAGCCAACGUGCGCCGACGCAUCCGCCAGCUGAUGGACUACUUGAUCCUGAGCUCUGACUGGAUCUCCUAUGCCCUCAUCGAUGAUAUCACCGAUGUGUUCGGUCCGCUCAUCCAGGCCAUUGAAGACGAGGUCGAUGAGAUAGACGACUCGAUCAUGCAGAUGCACCCCUCCACCAAAGAAGCCUCAUCUAACCACAUGGCGGAGCCAAUGGAACCGGGCGAAAUGCUUCGCCGCUACGGCGAGUGUCGCAAGAAAGUCAUGGGACUGUACCGCCUGCUCAGCAACAAAGCCGACGUCGUCAAGGGGUUCGCCAAGCGCUGCAACGAGCAGUGGGAGGUGGCUCCCAAGUCGGAAAUCGGCCUGUACCUGGGCGAUAUCCAGGACCAUAUUAUGACCAUGACGAGCAACCUGGCACACUACGAGACGAUCCUCUCCCGUGCGCACUCGAACUACCUGGCGCAGAUCAAUAUCCUAAUGAAUGAGCGUCAGGAGAAGACUGCUGAUGUAUUGGGCAAGCUCACUGUGCUGGGUACGAUUGUCCUGCCUAUGAAUAUCAUUUGUGGCAUGUGGGGGAUGAACGUCAAGGUUCCUGGCCAGGAAAUCGACAAUUUGAAUUGGUUCUGGUGUAUCGUCGCUGGCCUGGUCGUGUUCGCCUUUGCCUCAUUUCUCAUCGCCAAACGCGUCUACAAAAUCGUCUAG